AUGAACACUCGCACAUUUGAAGUGAACCUGCUGAACAAGCUAGCAUCCUAUAGCCAGGAUUCGGGCAAUUUUUCUCUCAGCUACGAUGAGGCCAAUUGCAGUAUUCUGGAGGUCGGACAAUAUGCCACUCUCAGUAUCCCUUCUGUGGAAGUCUUUGAGGAAAUCUUUGCAGAUGAGCUCAGCCUGUUACUGACUCUUCAGUACUCUCUGAAGGAGGAGACCAGUCUCUUGACGAUCAUCGGCUACCGCAGUGACAUCCUUUUUCAGAUCAGGAUUAGCCCUUAUGCCUUGAUUUUUGUCGCCAGCAGGAGACGCCAUUAUGAGUUCCCCGUUUCCUCCCUGGCAGAUGGAAAGUGGCACCGGGUGGCUCUCAGCAUCUCUUUGGAGAGACUGGCUCUGUAUGUGGACUGCCAGCUGGUGGAGAGCAUUGGAUGGUCCAGUUACUUUGGGAUGGGAGUGACCCUGCAAGGACUUCUGGUGGUUGGGGGGCUCAUUGAAUCCUUUGAGAUCCCCUUUGAGGGGGCACUGGGACAGCUGACCUUCUUGAUGGGAGACUCCGGAGCAGCCAGUGAACACUGUCAGACCCAUAACAUCACCUGUGGGAGCCCCUUGGACAAAGAAGCAAACCACAACACGUCUCUCUCCUGGCCUGCAUUUCCGCAAACAGGGACUCAGGUGCCGGACGAAACCAAUGAGAUUCAAGAAUCUGACACACAGAUGGCCAAAGGAUUAUGCUGUAUACUCUGCUGAUUAGUGGGCAAAAUAACUUUCAAAUGAAUUAGCAGACCUGGG